GUCUUUUUUUGAUCCUCUCCAAGGUUUUAAGAAACACCAGGUUGCAUAAGAAUUUCCCAGAAUUCUUUUCGAAAAAUUUCUCCAUACACAAUUCGAGUUUGGAUCAAAUAGCUUGAAUAAAAAAUGAGUUUUACCAUUAAGCGAUCAGGUUUAGGUACCUGCAUGAAUGUCACAAAUUUUGGUCUUCACAGAAGAUCACCUUUAACAAUUUGUAGAUCUUCCUUUUCACCAUCUUUGAACCUUGGAAACAAGCCCGAAAGAACCAAUCUUUCAGUGUCGAAGCCCUUGCAUAUUUCAUCCAUCGAGAGUAUUGAUAAGGGGAAAAGGCCAGUCUUCCAGUGCAAGGCUUAUGAAGCUGACAAGUCACAGCCUAUUGAGGCAGCUGCUGUUGAAGUGAAAUCCGAAGCUGCAAAAAGGGUGAAAAUUGGGAUUUAUUUUGCAACUUGGUGGGCUUUGAAUGUGGUUUUCAAUAUAUAUAACAAGAAGGUUUUGAAUGCUUACCCUUACCCUUACCCUUGGUUGACUUCAACGUUGUCUCUUGCCUGUGGUUCUUUGAUGAUGUUAAUUUCAUGGGCAACAAGGAUUGCUGAGACCCCGAAGACAGAUUUUGAGUUUUGGAAGACUUUGUUUCCGGUUGCUGUGGCACAUACAAUUGGACAUGUAGCAGCAACUGUGAGCAUGUCUAAGGUUGCAGUUUCAUUCACCCACAUCAUCAAGAGUGGUGAACCUGCUUUCAGUGUUUUGGUUUCCAGGUUCUUGCUCGGAGAGACCUUUCCUCCAUCUGUUUACUUGUCCCUUGUUCCGAUCAUCGGUGGUUGCGCUCUUGCAGCAGUUACCGAACUCAACUUCAAUAUGACUGGUUUUAUGGGAGCUAUGAUCUCAAACUUCGCAUUUGUCUUACGUAACAUAUUCUCGAAGAAGGGCAUGAAGGGGAAAUCUGUUAGCGGAAUGAACUACUACGCUUGUCUAUCUCUGUUGUCUCUCUUAAUUCUCACACCUUUCGCAGUGGCUGUAGAGGGACCGCAGAUGUGGGCAGCAGGAUGGAAAAAGGCCUUAUCUGAAAUAGGACCACAGUUUGUCUGGUGGGUGGCGGCCCAGAGUGUUUUCUAUCAUCUCUACAAUCAAGUCUCCUACAUGUCACUUGAUGAGAUUUCUCCCUUGACAUUUAGCAUCGGGAACACCAUGAAACGUAUAUCUGUUAUAGUCUCCUCCAUCAUCAUCUUCCACACGCCGGUGCAGCCCGUCAAUGCUCUUGGAGCUGCCAUCGCUGUCCUCGGAACCUUCUUGUAUUCCCAGGCAAAAGCAUGAGGAAAAAUGGGUUUCGAGAAUUUUGAUGUAUCAUAGACGAUGAGAAAAAGCAAACAUCAUCUGAAGAAAGUUGGCUCAGAUGAGUGCAUGUUUUUAAUGUUCUUUAGCAUUAGAUUGAUGCUGGAUUUUGGUCAUGGUGUAGAUAUACUUAAUAAUGAUGAUGAUAAAUAAACAAUUCAUACGGUGGAUUAGUUAUGUCAUUGCUGACAUGAA